AUAACGAUAGAAGAGAGCAUUAGAGCCAUGGUUGGUUGGUUAGUAAGCUGUGGGGUGAUCUUAGUGACGACGACGAUCGCCUCUGUCGCGGGUCAGUAUGGAUCCUGCGAUUUGAUCUAUAACUACGCUGCGGGUCAAACAGGCUACAUUGAGUCGCCCAACUUUCCCAACUAUUACACCCCCGGUACAAAGUGUCGCUACACCGUAAACGCACCCGUUGGCUAUUAUCUGUACGUGCAGUGUUAUGAUAUGUAUCUUCCUUCGAGUACGGGGUGUUACUACGACAAGCUGGCCGUAUCACUUAGCGGUGACUCUAAUCUAGCCGAUGCACAGCUACGAUGCGGAACGGGUACGUUCAAUGUGCAGACAUCUUAUAACAAGCUGGUGGUGGCUUUACUGGGAAGCACCAGCACCACUGGCGGACGGUUCCGGUGUCAGAUAACAGCCGUCAAGAUUCCUUGUGACUGUGGAAGACGAAAAACGGCUACGAUCUACAAUGGUGUCCCGACGAAAGCCAACGAGUACCCUAUGAUGUCGGCAUUGGUUGACGUAAGAUCAAAGGAGGUAGUAUGUGGCUCUACCAUUGUGACUGAUCGCCACGCAUUAACCGCCGCUCAUUGUUUGCUUACAAGAACGGUAACUGGCACAGCUUUGCUGGUCGGUGAUCAAAACGUCAAGAUCGGAACCGAUACGCCUUACUCCGUGGUGAUGCUGCUGUCGAGCUUUAUAUCCCACCCGAACUAUAAUCCGACGGGCAAAACGAACGACAUAGCGCUCGUGCGCACAACCAACACGAUCGUCUUCAAUCCAGGCGUUGGGCGCGUGUGUCUUCCGUUCCGCUUCGGAACGAGCACUUUUACUGGUGCCGCUGUUACGGCCCUCGGCUGGGGUACGAUCGAUUUCGGUGCACCAAUGUCAGCGGAACUGCUGCAAACGACACUGAACGUGAUUGCACAAACGGACUGUUCAACGAGGCUUUCGCGGACGAUUCAACCCACCCAGCUGUGUGCCUUCUCUACGAAAAAUGAUACGUGUCAGAAUGAUUCCGGUGGCCCAUUGUACUACAUCGACCCGAACAGCCAGCUGGUGUACGAGGUGGGAAUUGUGGGCUUUGGGGUAGGUUGUGGUUCUGCUUUUCCAAGUGUUAAUACGAGAGUUACAUCGUUCCUGGAUUGGAUUGUAACAAACACCGGUUACACUUUCUGUGAAAAGUAA